UCUAUACCUACGGCCAGUGCCAGGUCCGAUUGCUAGCAUACAAGUCCUUGCGCCCGCAGUGAGCGCGUGGUAAUCAAUGCCGGCAAAUCCUGUUGCGGAGAACGUCCUCGGGACAAUCGGUACAGUAUGUUGGACGAUACAACUCGUCCCCCAGAUCUGGAAGAGCUGGCGCUCGAAGUCGACUGAAGGCCUGUCCGAGUACCUCAUGCUCCUCUGGGGUCUCUCCGGGAUAUUCUUUGGCGUGUACGCGAUCGUGCAAGACAUCAACGUCCCCCUGAUUGUGCAGCCGCAAGUCCUCUCAGCGCUGUCGUACCUGUCGUGGGCUCAGUGCCAGUACUAUGGCAGGAAGAGGUCGCUCAGGACGGUCGUCCUCAUGUACCUCGCCGUCAUACUCCUCUCUGGCGGAUUCGAGGCGGGGAUGAUCUUCGCAGUGCAGCCUUCGUACAACAGAGGCAACAAGGGUCCGAUAGACUUCUUCGGAGCGUUCAGCACCGUGCUCCUGUCCGUGGCUCUUCUACCACAGUAUUAUGAGAUAUACAAACACAAGGAAGUCAUAGGGGUGUCCAUACUGUUCAUGAUCGUCGACAUGACGGGCGGUAUCUUCAGCGACCUGUCCCUGGCCUUCAAAGCCAAAUUCGAUAUUGUCGCUAGCGUCACGUAUUCCCUCGUCAUUGUGCUCGAUGCUGUCGUGGUCCUAUGUGCGAUGAUACUGAAUCCCAUGGCUAAGCGCCGUCGCAAACGGCAAGCGUUAGCGGGCGGGGAUGGGGUACAACCUGCGUCUAGGGAACGGCCUGGCCUGUCGAUGCAGGAUAUUGAGGCGCAUCAUACCUCAGAGAGGCCUGGGAUGGCCAACGGUGGAGCACUUGCAGUACCCGGAGGGGUCGGUGCGGGAAAUGGCGCACCGGGCACGACCCAGCCAGGGGUUUCUCUCGCGAUCUGAAAGGGUCAUUGGGGGCCAUAUGUUUCAUAUCCUAGAAUUUAUAGACGUGUACUCAUAGAUGGACGGACGCAUUGCUGACGACAUUCCUGCAUCACUUCUACAACGUUCGCGCUUGGAGAUCUCUGAUAUGGCGAUCUCCAGUAAGUCGUCCAAGGGAUGCACGAUCUGAAGCAUGCUGUUGAGGACCAGGAGCCG